CCUCUUCCUCCCCAGCACCAACACACACUGACCAGCACAGGCGGAGCACUCAGACCCACAGCAACUGACCCCAGGCCAGGCUCGUCCUGGCUGGCCUGGGGCAGCCUCCGGAGUAUGGUCUGGCUGGGGCCCCCUUUCCUGUUCCCCAUCCUCUUCCUUGCUUCUCAAGUAGGGGCGGCUGUGGACCUGACGCUGCUGGCCAACCUGCGCCUCACAGAUCCCCAGCGCUUCUUCCUGACCUGCGUGUCGGGAGAGGCCGGGGCGGGGCGGGGCACCGACGCCUGGGGCUCGCCGCUACUGCUGGAGAAGGACAACCGCAUAGUGCGCACCCUGCCGCCCGGGCAGCCCCUGCGCCUGGCGCGCAACGGCUCGCACCAGGUCACGCUGCGCGGCUUCUCCAAGCCCUCGGACCUGGUGGGCGUCUUCUCCUGCGUGGGCGGUGCCGGGGCUCGACGCGCGCGUGUUAUCUACGUACACAACAGCCCCGGCGCCCACCUGCUCCCAGACAGGGUCACGCACACUGUAAACAAAGGCGACACAGCUGUGCUUUCCGCACGUGUACACAAGGAGAAGCAGACAGAUGUGAUCUGGAAGAGCAACGGAUCCUACUUCUACACCCUGGACUGGCAUGAGGCUGGGGAUGGACGGUUCCUGCUGCAGCUCCCAAAUGUGCAGCCAUCAUCAAGUGGCAUUUACAGUGCCACCUACCUGGAAGCCAGCCCCCUGGGCAGUGCAUUCUUUCGGCUCAUAGUCCGGGGUUGUGGGGCUGGGCGCUGGGGACCAGGCUGUGCUAAGGAAUGCCCAGGCUGCCUGCAUGGAGGUGUCUGCCAUGACCAUGAUGGCGAGUGUGUGUGCCCUCCCGGAUUCACUGGUACCCGCUGUGAGCAGGCCUGCAGAGAGGGCCGUUUUGGGCAGAGCUGUCAGGAGCAGUGCCCAGGUACAUCAGGCUGCCGUGGCCUCACAUUCUGCCUCCCUGACCCCUACGGCUGUUCUUGUGGGUCUGGCUGGAGAGGAAGCCAAUGCCAGGAAGCCUGUGCCCCUGGUCAUUUUGGGGCUGAUUGCCGCCUCCAGUGCCAGUGUCAGAAUGGCGGCACUUGUGACCGGUUCAGUGGCUGUGUCUGUCCUUCUGGGUGGCAUGGAGUAUACUGUGAAAAGUCAGACCGGAUCCCCCAGAUCCUCAACAUGGCCUCAGAACUGGAUUUCAACUUAGAGACAAUGCCCCGUAUCAACUGUGCAGCUGCCGGGAACCCCUUCCCAGUACGGGGCAGCAUGGAGCUGCGCAAGCCAGAUGGCACUGUGCUCUUGUCCACCAAGGCGAUCGUGGAGCCAGAUAGGACCACCGCUGAGUUCGAGGUGCCCCGCUUGGCUCUUGGGGACAGUGGAUUCUGGGAGUGCCGCGUGUCCACAUCUGGUGGCCAAGACAGCCGGCGUUUCAAGGUCAAUGUCAAAGUGCCCCCAGUGCCCCUGGAUGCACCUCAGCUCCUGGCCAAGCAAAGCCGCCAGCUUGUGGUCUCCCCACUGGUCUCGUUCUCUGGGGAUGGACCCAUCUCCUCUGUCCGUCUGCAUUACCGGCCACAGGACAGCACCAUGGCUUGGUCAGCCAUUGUGGUGGACCCCAGUGAAAACGUGACAUUAAUGAACCUGAGGCCGAGGACAGGAUACAGUGUCCGUGUGCAGCUGAGCCGCCCAGGGGAAGGGGGAGAGGGGACCUGGGGGCCUCCCACCCUCAUGACCACAGACUGUCCUGAGCCCUCUUUACAGCCAUGGCUGGAGGGCUGGCAUGUGGAGGGCCCUGAUCGACUACGAGUGAGCUGGUCCUUGCCCUCGGUGCCCGGGCCACUGGUGGGUGACGGUUUCCUGCUGCGCCUGUGGGACGGGGCACAGGGACAGGAGCGGCGGGAGAACGUCUCAUCCCCCAAGGCCCGCACUGUCCUCCUGGCUGGCCUCACACCUGGUGCCCACUACCAGCUGGAUGUGCGGCUCUACCACUGCACUCUCCUGGGGCCCGCCUCGCCCCCCGCACAUGUGCAUCUGCCCCCCAGUGGGCCUCCAGCCCCCCGAAACCUCCAGGCCCAGGCCCUCUCAGACACGGAGAUCCAGCUGAUGUGGCAGCGCCCAGAGGCUCCGGCUGGGCAUAUAUCCAAGUACAUCGUAGAGGUGCAGGUGGCUGGAGGCGCAGGAGACCCGCUGUGGAUGGACGUGGACAGGCCUGAGGAGACAGGCACCAUUGUCCGUGGCCUCAAUGCCAGCACACGCUACCUCUUCCGCGUGCGUGCCAGUGUUCAGGGUCUAGGUGACUGGAGCAACAUGGUGGAAGAGGCAACCCUGGGCAACGGGCUACAGGGUGAAGGCCCAGUCCAAGAGAGCCGGGCAGCAGAGGAGGGCCUGGAUCAGCAGCUGAUCCUAGCUGUGGUGGGAUCCGUGUCUGCCACCUGCCUCACCAUCCUGGCCGCGCUCCUCACCCUGGUGUGCAUCCGCAGAAGCUGCCUGCACCGGAGACGCACCUUCACCUACCAAUCAGGAUCGGGCGAGGAGACAAUCCUGCAGUUCAGCUCAGGCACCUUGACACUGACCCGGCGACCCAAACCGCAGCCAGAGCCCUUGAACUACCCAGUGCUGGAAUGGGAGGACAUCACCUUUGAGGACCUCAUCGGGGAGGGAAACUUUGGCCAGGUCAUCCGGGCCAUGAUAAAGAAGGAUGGGCUCAAGAUGAACGCAGCCAUCAAGAUGCUGAAAGAGUAUGCCUCUGAAAAUGACCAUCGUGACUUUGCGGGAGAACUGGAAGUUCUGUGCAAAUUGGGGCAUCACCCCAACAUCAUCAACCUUUUGGGGGCCUGUGAAAACCGAGGUUACUUGUACAUUGCAAUUGAGUAUGCCCCCUAUGGGAACCUGCUGGAUUUCCUGCGUAAGAGUCGGGUCCUGGAGACUGACCCAGCUUUUGCUCGAGAGCACGGCACAGCCUCCACCCUCAGCUCCCGGCAGCUGCUUCGUUUUGCCAGUGAUGCUGCCAAUGGCAUGCAGUACCUGAGUGAGAAGCAGAUGGUGCCUGAUGACCGGGGGCAAGUGAGAGCCAUCAGACAGGAGGAUGGGUGGAGGCCCAAACCUGGGUCUGAAAACACUGUGCCUGAGGGCAAGGAGGAGAGAACAACUGCCUGGGGGAACACAAGGGACCUAGCUGCCCGAAAUGUGCUGGUCGGAGAGAACCUGGCCUCUAAGAUUGCAGACUUUGGCCUUUCUCGGGGGGAGGAGGUUUAUGUGAAGAAGACAAUGGGGCGUCUCCCCGUGCGCUGGAUGGCCAUUGAGUCUCUGAACUACAGCGUCUAUACCACCAAGAGUGAUGUCUGGUCAUUUGGGGUCCUUCUCUGGGAGAUAGUGAGCCUUGGAGGCACACCCUACUGUGGUAUGACCUGUGCUGAGCUCUACGAAAAGCUGCCUCAGGGUUACCGCAUGGAGCAGCCCCGAAACUGUGAUGAUGAAGUGUAUGAGCUCAUGCGUCAGUGCUGGCGGGACCGUCCCUAUGAGCGACCCCCCUUUGCCCAGAUCGCACUGCAGUUGGGCCGAAUGCUAGAAGCCAGGAAGGCCUAUGUGAACAUGUCGCUGUUUGAGAAUUUCACUUAUGCUGGCAUUGAUGCCACAGCAGAAGAGGCCUGAGCCACCUUCCACCUAGAACCUGUCUCUGCUGGCCAGAGCACUCUGCUAUCCACCCUACAACCUCUGACCCUUACAGCCCCUGACCUAAGCUGCCUCACGGACUUUUUUUAACUUAAGGGAGAAAAGAGGGGAUCCAGGGAUGGGGUGGAUUUCGGGAAAUUGGUUCCCAUGCUUUGCAGUUGCUCCCUUGCUCCCUGCAGCUACCCUUGUAGCUAUUCCAGCCAUACUUCCGUGUAGUGCAGCCACCUUACAGAUGUGUUCCCCAUCCCCCAUGUGCUCCCCACACGCAAGCCCCUGCUCCUGCCUCUCCAUCCAAGCCAGCACACACCACUAGCAUGCCCUGCGCAGCUACUCCCCACUCCCUGCCUAGCAUUCAGAAAAAAAUAAAUGCUCUGAAAAGCUCCA